AUGUCAAAAUUACGGUCUUCUGACAUUUUAUCGAUACUUUAUGAUUCGGAAAUUGAUAAUUCAUCUGGUGAUGAAAUUGACGACUUUCCACACGAAGAGUUAGAUAAUCUUUUGGUGGAGUUUGCUUCAAGUGACAUUGAAGAAGCCAUCGAAGAAGAUGAUGACAGUAUUAUAAUACAAACAAAUAAAAAAGACAUAAAAUGGGGCCAUUUAUCAAUAAAACAAUAUAUAAGAAAUAAACCUAACCCAUGGGGUAUUAAAAUUUUUGUGUUAUGUGGCGAAGGUGGCAUUGUAUACGACUUUGUGCUAUAUCAAGGUGCUAAUACCGAAAUUGAUUCACAAGUUCAAAAACAAUUUGGUCAAGGUCCAGGAGUCGUAUUUGUGCCGCUGGUACGAUACGUGUUAAUCGGUUUGCAAAACCCAAUACUUUCGGAUAAAAACUUGGCAAAAAUUGGAAGAGGGACUACUUUUGAAGUUCGUUCUGAUGUACCUAGUUGUAAUAUAGGUCUUGUACAAUGGUAUGACAACAAAGUAGUAAAUUUGGCAUCGAAUUUUAUUACAUCUGGAAAUACAGAUGUUGUCAGACGUUGGGAUAAGAAAAAUAAAACCUAUGUCGAUGUCGAAAGACCUGAGAUAGUACAAAAAUAUAAUAAAUCUAUGGGUGGCGUUGAUAAUAUGGACAAAUUAAUUAGUUAUUAUCGAACAUUUAUUAAAUCACGAAAAUGGACUUUACGCAUGAUUGCUCAUGCUUAUGACAUGACUGCCGCAAAUUGCUGGCUAACGUACAUAAAAGACGUUGAAUAUUUUAAAAUACAAAAAAAUAAAAGAUACGAUCUCUUACAUUUUCGAAUGGAACUGGCUAACGGGUUAAUAAAUGUCGGAAAACCAACUACGCCUAAACGAAAAAAAGGACGUCCUUGUACAAGAGAUGAUUAUGAACCACCCCAAAAAGCUUCUCCGCCUUCAUUAAAUAGAAAAGUUGAUGGCAAGCAGCCAUCAAAUGAACUUCGUCUUGAUACGGUGGAUCAUUUACCAGAUUUUGAUGAGUUAAAAAAUGCCACUAAAUGUAAACUGAAGACGUGUACUCGUAGAACGCAUAUGUUUUGCUCAAAAUGCAAGCAACAUUUGUGUUUAGAUGGGAAAAGUAAAUGUUUCAGGGAGUACCAUUUAAAUGAAAUAAUAUAA